AUGUCUCUGCAAAAGCUAACUGAAAAUACAAAUUCAGGUUAUGUUAGCUCUGAAGAAACCGACUCACUGCUUGUAUCCAAUACGCCAAAAUGUAAAUCUUCUGUUUUACGUCACAUAAAAAUGAGCUCAGUAAAUGGACCAACAUCGAACAUGGCUUCCUCAUCGUCUGGAAAGCCUGCAUUGAUACGUCAGGAUCGUACGUCAACUUAUCUAACGAGCCCGCAGCUUUCCCAGCAAACUCGUCUCGGAUCGGAAGAAAGUGUACGCGGGGGUGGUGGCGAUGAUGACAUUGAACAGGGCCUGCGACCAGCAAAUGUUCCUGAUAUUGAGGUGCAUGAAGAGGAUCAGACGAACCGACCGCCGAGUCAAAAUAAAUUAGAGUCAAACCACUUAAAACAGCAGAAAGCUCAGUCGCAAUUACAUUCGCGAACACAGUUGCAACAACAACAUUCUCAACCGACCAUAUCAAUAACGAAUUUGAAUACGUAUCAAGCGUCGCAAGAGUUUGCGCAUCCGCAAAGUAAUCCGAAUUUGGGAACAUCAUCAUAUCAGAAUAUCUCAUGUGGCAUAACAUCGGGAGCCCAGAGUCGCUGUCGUGCUUGUCGAAACUGCAGCCGACGAGCAUCAACCACGCCUAUUUCGACAACGGCCAGUGUCGGCAUGGACCGCUCAACAUCGAAAGACAGUGUUAAAAGUGCCUUUCAGCAGGGUAACCUGUGCCUAUCUAGUUCUGCGAUGCAACAACACGCACCGCCAUCUCUUCUCGUUACUUCUUCGCCUACGAAUGGCUCACGCAUAAUUCGGCAAAGCUCUCAGCCAGAGUCCAGUACCACUGCCAUUUGUUGUGGGGCACAUAGUUCGUGCGGUCAUUCGCACACAGUUCCCAAUGUUUCGCUAAAGGUGCUGCGGGACAGUGCUACGGACGGAAUUGCUGGCAUAGCAGCUGAUUCGCUACGCAUUAAUGGCGGAAUGCGACCGUUUAAGCAGAUGUUUGAGAUCUUUCGUGUACCAAGGAUUCUUACAUUUCCUACUCUUAAAAACUGGAACGUGUCUAGAACAAGGAUCAUCUUAAAGCACUCAGCAACUUCAUUUUUACCGAAAUUCAUAUUCCAGUCAAUUUCUCGUAAAGCGGCAUCUAAUAUCUGAAAAUCAGAUCCGGAAAAAUUGAAGGAAGUUUUAGCAGUCUGAGGACAGGCUUCAAAAAAUUCAACAAAUUCAAAAUCUAGCACUAAAGGUAGAAUAUAAGAAACGCAAAUAUAAAGAAAACCGAGCGCACCUUUAAUUCGCACACAUAGUUGGUCAAGAAAAGUAUCGUUCUCCUUUAACGGAAUAAGCGAAGCCCGACGACUCCUACUACAACCAGCUUUAACCGCAUCUCCGUCUUUACGGAAAAUUGCGUAAAAGUUCGGAUCGAAGAACUCAGCAUCGUAGAAAUUUUAGUUGAGCCAAGUCUCAGUUACAAAAAAACAUCGCAUUCACAAUAUGUGAGCUCACCAUUCUUCUUAGUCCCGAAGUGUUUUUAUAAUAAAUUUGUAUGAGUUUAUUAGGACAGGAACAAACAGCUAAUUCUGUGGCGGUUACAUCAACCGGCCAAAUCUCAGGCAGUUUCUCAUAACUAUGUGCACUAACGCCCAGCUUAAAGUUUAUAUACCUAAAAGAAUGAGCAUUCGUCUCUUUUUUGACGAGUUUAUAGCAAAAGAUGUGCUUCUUCCGUAUGCCUGUAUAUUUCUCCACGUAUCCAGUAAUAUUAUCAGUCGGUGAGAAGGAAGAAAAAUUUAGCCACUUAAAGCCUGCAGCUACCUCAACCUCAUGGCUCUCACCCGUUCCCACUACACGCGUUUGCUUUCGAUUUCGCAUACUCAAAAACAAUCCAAGCAGAAUCAACGGGAACCGGCGAAGAGUUCAAUUGGUGCGAAGUAAAAAACGGCAAUGGAAAAUUAUUGUGUGCUACAUAAUGUGACCAACUAUUUCAUAGCUCAAAGAAGUACAGCUUAGGUUGGGUUAAG